AUGGCCCCCGCAGGAGACAUCGACCUUGAUAUCGCCGGUAUUAUCUCGACUGUCCUCGAGGGUGUCCUCUAUGGGUUGUCACUCUUCAUGGGCGCGGCAACCGUGUGGGUGCUCAAGAGAGGGCGCAAGUGGAAGGACGUUAACAGGUCUAUGCUUGUUAUAUCCUUCUUCCUGUUUGCCUUCAGUACAGCCCAUCUUUGUAUCGACAUGAAGAGAAUAUACGAGGGCUUGGUCAAGUACCGCGAUACAUUCCCAGGUGGCCCGAUCGCCUUCUUCGCCGAUGUCUCGCAGGAGACUUUCGUAUCCAAGAACGGGAUCUACACCGCUCAUACGUGCUUGGGUGAUGGUGUCGUUAUUUAUCGUGCCUACAUGGUUUGGAGGAGCUGGUGGGUCGUCGUCCUCCCAAUCAUGCUGUGGUGUGCCGUGUUGGCCACCGGGAUCGGAACGGUGUACACCAUUUCGCAAGUCACUGCAGAUUCGGGCAACAUCUUCGCGUCGGCUACUGCGAGCUGGAUUACUGCCUUCUACGCGACAACUCUAUCUUGCAACUUCGUAGCGACAGCCUUCCUUGCUUUCCGGCUCUGGUCCGUCGAACGCGGGGUCAACCGUGCGCGCACAGGUCGCAGCAACAUCUGGCCGGUCCUCCUCAUCGUCAUUGACGCCGGCGUCCUCUACUCCGUCACCCUCCUAUGCGCACUCAUCCUCUUUGCGAGCCAAUCGCACGCGCAGUACAUCGUCCUCGAUAUGGUCACCCCUAUCAUCUCGAUCUCGUUCUACAUGGUCCUCCUCCGUGUCGGCCUGAAGGCGAAUGACAACAUGCAUGUCGGCAGCAACAGCAACCCCGCAGGCAGCCACCCGCGCUCGGCCAUGCAAAGUUCAGGACCGAACGCGUCGUACUACCGCGGGAAGGCGCUGCAAGUGCACAUCAGCCAGUUCACCGAGAGCGAAGGGCCUGUACAGGACAAGAGCUAUGUGGACCCGGAGAUACCACUGGAGGACUCCCACUCGUACCCACCGGUCGGCCGUCGCAUUUAG